AUGGAUGAAAAAAAAAUCGAUUGUGGUUUAUGUCAUACAAAACAACCAUAUGAAAAUUAUGUAAAUGAAAAAGAAAAACAAGUAGCAACUUGUAAAAAAUGCCGUAACAAGCAAAAAAGGCCUUUAGAACAAAUUCGAAUUAAAGAAACCAGAGUUAGAAGUGAAUCAGCUAUCGACUAUGAUGACAUUGGUGAAUUUGUAUACAGCUUUUUGGUUUCUUUAGAAGGCAUGAAUGAAAAUUAUGAAAGUGAUAUCCUAGAGUUUUAUAUGAAUUUUGAUAUUCAUUUAGAAAAUAAGGAGUCGACAAAAUAUGAACAAUUAGGUCAUCAGAUAGUGCAACAGAAUGAUAAAUAUCCAAUUAUUGGAAUAAGAAAUGGUAAAAUUCAAAAUAUUUUUAACUUUCAAGACACUCAUAUGGAUAUCAAAAAAAUUCCUAUUGAUUAUAAUUCAGUUGAAACUUAUGAAAAUGACUUUGUACUUAGUAACGAUGAUGAUAAAGAAAAUUCGGAUGAACAGGUUUUAAAUCAUUUGUGUAAUAUACUUGAAGAG